AGAGUCAGCUGCAGCUGGCGCUGCAGCCAAACUCAUGCACCCAGGGAGGGAGGACAUGCUUUGGCCCUGUGCAGGAUGAACAAGAAGCGAAAACAACUCUAACCGAGGCUCACACCAUUUCUGUCUCAUAAUCAAAAGCCUGCAAACUCUGUUCUCUCCCCUCCUCCUCCACAAGGCGAUCUGGAGAUUUCCCGGGGAGCCUCAUCUUCUCACACAGACCCAAGCUCUGGGUAACAACUAAGAGCGGGGAGACCCUGGAGAACUCCAACACGCACCAGGGAGCUAGCUAAAACAAGGUUUCAGGAAACCGAAGAGUGCUUAUCGACCAAGGAAGAUACUUCUGGGAGCUACUUGUUCCUUAAUUGGCUCUGUCACUACACCGAGUCUAACCGAGGCACCGGCGGCUGGAGACAGGUGAGCCGCAAUGAACUAAUUCCACCCGGGUUGUUUAGUCCUCCUUUUCCUCGCGGCUCUUUGCUUUCCCGUGGCAAGGUGGCUUUUAAAACCUCCUAGGGCCAUGCAAGAGGGCAGCUGCACAAGGGAUGGGCUUCCCGGCUGCACCAGGCCCUGGGAGUCUGCGACCAGCAAAGAAGAAAAGGGACGAAGAGAGGAAAAGUCGGACAUCCCUACGUGAUCAGAGCAAAAGCUUGAAGCCAUGGCGACCACCCAGCAGCCACACUCGGAAUAACGCGCACAGGCGCUUGGCCGCCCGGGCCACGCAGAACCGCAGCAGCCUCCAGCCUGCCGCCCUCCUGCUUUCCCGCGCCUCAUCGACGCACCGCCUCACCCACGCACCGCCUCGCGCCCACCCGCAGCCGCCGCCUCAGGCCCGCCCGCCCCCGGCUCGCUCCUCUCCCGCCAAGUUCCCACACACAGCCCCAGCCUCGCACCAGCCAAGCCUCCCAGGUCCACCUCGGCCUCAGCGCACCUCAGUCCGUCCUCCCCACAACUCUGGCGCCCGACCGCAAGGGCCGCGUCUCACAACCCCGACCCCAGGUUUUACUCCAGGGCUCCGCCUUGCCAAACCCAGGCAAACUGAAGGAGAGACGGCGGGGGAGGGGAAACAGCGUGAGGAGGCAGGAGGGGGCGGGGAGCAAACCGACGGUCCGGAAGCAAUAGGGAGCGUCCUUCCGGCCUCUCCGACGGUAGCCCGAAGGGACCAAAUUUAUUGCAUAGCGCUGCGGUACAGGGGUUAUGGGAAUUUAAGGAGAGUAUGCAUGUGUGAAGUAGGGCAUUUCCAGAUAAGGGGCUAGUUGGACAAAGCAGGUAUUUUCCGGAGUCAUUUAUGGAAGCUCUUCCCCUACAGGUGGCCAAUAUAGUUGAUUAUUGUUUUAAUUUGAAGAUUUUUUUUAGUAAUAAAAUUAAUUUUUUAGCAAAA